AUGCCUAAAGUAGAAGUGCCUACUUCACAUGGAACAAAGCUGGAUGUCAUGCAAGCUUUGCGAACAAAUGACAACAUGCGUGUGGUACUGACCAGACUGGGAAAAUUCGACAAGGUGAGACAACUCCUGUUUGAGGGUCGAGUUGACAUCAACAGCAGGCACCGCGGGAGGACACCUGUACAGAAGGCAGCCUACAAGGGCCACAGAGACGUGCUGGACCUACUGGUCAGUAAAGGAUGUGACGUGUCACUGCCAGAUGACGACGGUAACAACAUCCUUCAUGUGGCCUGUAUGGGUGGGCAUGUGAAGAUAGUGAAGCAUGUCAUUAAGAAGGACUUCGUGAACCUCAACAGUAGAGGACAUUGCGAGACAACACCUUUGAUGGUUGCAGCAAAGAAUGGACAUAAAGAGGUCUUUGAUCUCCUUCUGAGUAAAGGAUGCGAUGUGUCACUAGUAGAUGGUGACGGCAACAACAUCCUCCAUCUGGCUUGUAUUGGGCAGCAUAUGACGAUAGUGAAGGAUAUCCUCUCAUACGACAUCAUCGACGUCAACAGUAGAGAACAGAGUGGACGGACGCCGCUGAUGUUGGCGGCAACGAAGGGACAUCACGAGGUGUUUGAUUUGCUUGUCAACAAAGGAGCCGUUAUGGCACUAGUGGAUGACGACGGUAACAACAUACUUCACCUGGCCUGUUUUGGAAGAAACGUGAAGAUUGUGAACUUCGUUGUCUCUAAGAACAUAGUGGACGUGAACAGCAGGGGAGAGCACGGGAGGACGCCACUGAUGUUGGCGGCAAUGAGGGGACACAGAGAUGUCCUUGACCUUCUUGUGAGUGUAGGUGGCACUGUGGGGCUAUUGGAUCACCAUGGUAACAACAUCCUCCAUUUGGCCUGUAUCGGGGGACUGUUAGAGAUGGUCAAGCAUGUCCUUUCACAUUACAUUGCGGACAUCAAAAGUAUGGGACAGAACGGGAUGACCCCAGCCAUCCCCAACCUCCAUCCCCAUCCUCCACCCCCAUCCUCCAAACCUCCAUCCUCCAACCCCAACCUCCAUCCUCUAACCACCAACCUCCAACCUCCAACCUCCAGCCUCCAACCUCCAACCUCCAUCCUCCAUCCUCCAACCUCCAAGCUCCACACCCCAACCUCCAUCCCCAACCUCCAUCCCCAACCUCCAUCCUCCAUCCCCCAACCCCCAUCCCCCACCCCCCAUCCCCCAUCCUCCAACCUCAACCUUAGUACCCAACCAAACCAGGAUCUGGUUAAUGCAGCGAAUUUCAUGCUAAGUGCGGGGUUGAAAACAAUAUUCACCCAGACCCUAUCAUUAACAUUAAUUAUAACUAAACAUUUGCUAUCAGACAGGUGUGAAGGUCAUUUUAAACCUCCGAAUGACCAGUACACGUUUACAGCUUACCUCCACAACAACGACACCAACUCCAACGCCGAUUAUGAUGUUGCUGUUGUCGUUGAUGAUGUCCCAGAUAGCCUGGUAGCAGCCCUGGAAAACAAGUAA